AUGCCCGUCAACGGUGGCUCGACCGUCGGCCUUCUGUCUUACGAGACGCUGGUCCACGCCGUGGCAGGUGCAAUGGGGAGUGCUACUGCCAUGACCGUCUUCUUUCCUCUGGACACGGCCAAAAGCAGACUGCAGGUCGAUGAGAAGCGAAAGUCUACCUCUACCCCUGUCAUUCUGGCUGAGAUUGCAAAGGAAGAAGGCUUCCUGUCUCUAUACAGAGGCUGGUUCCCUGUCAUCUCCAGCCUCUGCUGCUCCAACUUUGUCUACUUCUACACAUUCAAUGCACUUAAGAAGGCAGCGGCGGAGGGGGCAGGCAAACCCAGACCUGGAAAAGACCUGCUGAUGGGGAUUAUAGCAGGUGUAACAAACGUGAUCCUGACCACACCCAUGUGGGUGGUCAACACCCGCCUGAAGCUCCAGGGCGUGAAGUUCAGAAACGAAGACCUCCACCAGACCCAGUACAGAGGCAUUUUUGACGCUUUCUCACAGAUCAUUGCCAACGAGGGCGUUGGAACUCUGUGGAGCAGCACUCUGCCGUCUCUCAUCCUCGUCCUCAACCCAGCUGUGCAGUUCAUGUUCUAUGAAGCUAUGAAAAGGAAGGCAGGCAAGGGAGGGAAGAAGAUCUCCUCAGCUGAGAUCUUUCUCAUUGGAGCUGUUGCCAAGGCCAUCGCUACCACGGCAACAUACCCUCUCCAAAUAAUUCAGGCCAUCCUGAGGUUUGGCCAGUACAAAGGUGACGGUAAGGGUGGAGUGAUGGGCAGCCUUUCAAAUAUUUUCACCCUCUUCAUGGACAGAAUCAAGAAGCACGGUUUUCUGGGUUUGUACAAAGGCCUGGAGGCCAAGCUGCUGCAGACGGUGCUGACCGCCGCCCUCAUGUUUGUCGUUUAUGAGAAGAUCACCGCGGCCACCUUCAAAGUCAUGGGCAUGAAUCAGAAACUGAAGCACUGA